AUGUAUCGAAUCCGACCGCGAUUCUCCGCCUUCCAAUCACCCUUCCUGGCCCCGCGCUCGAUCACCCCAAGUCUUCGCAACCAUGCGCAAAUCCGCUGCUAUAAUCGCAUUGGCGGUCGUGGGCCCCAAUACAAACGCUUCUCUGCGUCCAAUAGCAGCUAUACUGAUCUCCUGUACCGUUGGGCCGCAAGCCCAACCUUUUAUCGCGACGUGGGCAUCAUAACAGCCGGCUCAGCCGGCAUCUACCUAUACAACCUCGAAGAAGUGCCUGUGUCUGGUCGCCGCCGCUUCAACAUUAUUCCGCCUUCUCUUGAGGCCAAACUCUCGGAAUCAACAGUGGCGCAGAUCAAGGAAGAGUACAAGGGCCGUAUACUACCAGAGAACGACUACCGGGUGCAGCAGGUGAGGCGCGUACUGGAGCGACUACUGCCGUUUGCCGAGGGCGAGGGAGUACGCAAUGUGAACUGGGAAGUCAAUGUGAUUGAUUCUCCCGAGCAGAAUGCGUUCGUGACGAGCGGGGGUAAGGUAUUCGUUUUCACGGGCAUACUACCAAUGUGCAAGACGGAAGACGAGAUUGCCGCAGUCUUAGGACACGAGAUCGCGCACGUAGUUGCGAGGCAUACGGCAGAAUCAUUAACCUUCGCCCCCUUCAUCCUCCUCGGCUGCCUCGUCCUCGCCGCAUACGACGUCUCCAUGUCCACGAGCUCCGCCGCCUUCAACUUCUUCCUGCAAAUGCCCGCGUCGCGCAAACACGAAGCAGAAGCCGACUACAUCGGCCUGCUGAUGAUGGCACAAGGCUGCUACAACCCCGAAGCCGCCGCGAGCUUCUGGGCGCGCAUGGAGAAACAAGGCGGUCAGCCACCAGAACUACUCUCCACGCACCCGAGCCACCACAACCGCGAGGCCAAAAUAAAGGAGUGGCUACCCAAAGCGCAGGAAAAGGCAGAGGCAAGCGAUUGUCACUUCUCAGCACAAUAUGCGACACACUUCCGCUCUGCGUUUGAUACCCUCGGCCGAUGGUGA